AACAUGGCGGACGUGCUGAGUGUCGGCGUGAACCUGGAGGCUUUUUCCCAGGCCAUUAGUGCCAUCCAGGCGCUGCGCUCCAGCGUGAGCAGGGUGUUCGACUGCCUGAAGGAUGGCAUGCGGAACAAGGAGACGCUGGAGGGCCGGGAGAAGGCCUUCAUCGCGCACUUCCAGGACAACUUGCAUUCGGUCAACCGGGACCUCAACGAGCUGGAGCGCCUGAGCAGCCUGGUGGGCAAGCCGUCCGAGAACCAGCCUCUGCACAACAGCGGGCUGUUGAGCCUGGAUCCCGUGCAGGACAAGACGCCUCUCUACAGUCAGCUCCUGCAGGCAUAUAAAUGGUCGAACAAGCUGCAGUACCACGCAGGUCUGGCGUCCGGCCUCUUGAAUCAACAGUCGUUGAAACGCUCCGCUAACCAGAUGGGAGUGUCUGCAAAGCGCAGGCCGAAGGCCCAGCCCACCACUCUGGUCCUGCCGCCUCAGUAUGUGGACGACGUGAUCACCCGCAUUGACAGGAUGUUUCCUGAGAUGUCCAUCCACCUGUACAGACCCAACGGGACAUCAGCAGUCCUUCUGGUGACCUUGGGGAAGGUGCUGAAAGUGAUUGUCGUCAUGCGGAGCCUGUUCAUUGACCGGACGAUAGUGAAGGGGUACAGCGAAAACGUCUACACGGAAGACGGCAAGCUGGAUAUAUGGUCCAAGUCUAACUAUCAAGUAUUCCAGAAGGUGACAGACCACGCCACCACUGCCCUGCUGCACUACCAGCUGCCCCAGAUGCCGGAUGUCGUGGUCAGGUCCUUCAUGACCUGGCUGAGGAGCUACGUGAAGCUGUUCCAGGCCCCGUGCCAGCGCUGUGGGAAGUUUCUGCAGGACGGCCUUCCGCCCACGUGGAGGGACUUCCGGACCCUCGAAGCCUUCCACGACACCUGCCGGCAGUGACCCGGCCCCACCUCCCCGGCUGGCCCUGGGCAGUCAGGCCCCCCACUGCCCAGGGUCCGUACAGCACCUCCCACCCCCACCCCCACCCCCAAUGUGAAACAGCACGGCGCCCAUGCAGGCUGAGCCUCUGGAGGAAAAGGUUCCAUGUCUGCGCGCGGACCGGUUAGACACGUUAGCAGGUAUGCGGAAGGUGAAGAAGGCCUUUUCAGAGCUCAGA